AUGGUGGUCCAACUACUAGGGCUGGCCUUUGUAUAUUUAACAACCAGUCUGCACACUCUCUCAGCACAUGGCUUGUAUAUAAAUCAUACUGGGGAGGUUGAGUAUCGGGACACCAGUGUUUAUGGAGUGGUGGACCAGGCUGUGAUACUGGGAUGUGGCACUGAAGUACCUGACUUAUACAUAUGGAGCUUCACCAAACCUGGAACUGAAGCGAUAAAAGCCGUGGUGUAUGACUUGGGAAAAGGACCAAAGAUCCAGAAGCUGGCUAAGACACUUGGACAGCUCACUAUCAUCUCAAACAAUGCCUCUGUAAGGAUUGAAAAUCUUCCUCUGGCUGCUCAUGGCUUGUUCACCUGCCAGGCAUUCUAUGACAUAGAUGAGGAACCCAUAGUCUACUACCACUACGUGCAUCUAACAGUCCAAGUUCCCGUCAGUAAGCCAUACCUCCUGAUGAGUAAUGCAUCUCCAGUUGAAGGAUCUACAAUAUCAAUCCACUGCAGGGUGGAAAAUGGGACUGAGCCGAUCCAGUAUGUGUGGCAACAUGAAAGUAACAUUGAAAGCAUCAAAAACUUCACACAGAGCAACAGCAGCAUCAUCAACGUGACCAACAUAGACCGAAACCACACAGGCUGGUAUCAUUGUGUGGCCAGUAAUACUGUAAACAGUGAGCGUUCUGACAAAUUGUGGUUGGACAUAAAGUUCGGUCCAGAUGUUCCACAGAUAGACGUGUCUCCAUACAGUGUAACAGAAGAGGGAUACUCCGCUCUGGAGACAUACAACGUGUCUUUGUUUUGCCAAGCUCAGUCUAAUCCAGACUGUCAGUAUGUGUGGCUCUACAACAACUCUCAAGUGUACACCGGGCCACAGUUCACCAUCACCAAUAUCCUGCGCAUGCACACUGGCAACUACACUUGCAUGGCACACAACUCCUUCCUUAACACCAGCUCCAGGAAAACCAUCAAUCCACCAGAUGGCUCCCCCUCCUGCUCUGUGGAGCCGGCUCAGAAUCACACCUCUCUGAGGAUGCUCUGCUCCUGGCCCGGUGGGUCCCCCUCCCCUUCCCUCCACUGGACUGGAGACCUGAAACUGGCAGGGAGAGCUCAGCUCGAUGGAGCUCAACUAACAAAUCCACUCAACAGCGCAGUCAUCUUGCUUCCCUCUGAAAGUCUGAAUUCUAACAACAGCUUGUUUACGUGCGUCGGUUCUCAUCCUGCCCUAAAAGACCAGACACAGUGCAGCACGCGCGCAUGUGAGAACAGAGACCACAGAAACAUCAACACAGUCAAAGCCAGAGCCAAAAUGUUUGCACUGGUUUUCAUUAAACUUUUCCAAUUGGGUCCUAUCUCACCAGAUAUUCCCCCUGCAGAACCGGUGUGUUUUUUCAGUGCUAGCAGUGACUUACAGUAUGUGACGCUGUCCUGCUUCUGGGAUGGAGGAAACCCCGAAGCCUUAGUGUGGUGGGAGGGCUCUGAAGACCAGAGAAAAGAUGGAGAAGAAAACUCCAACAUCCUGGUCCUCCGCUAUGGCACCGCCCGCAGUGGGAAGCCGUACACCUGCUAUGCUCAGCACCCGCUUCUGGUCCAAACCAAGACCUGCAGACUCACACUGGUCCCUGUUAGUACGCCAAACCUCCUGAUGAGUGAUGCAUCUCCAGUGGAAGGAUCUACACUGCAGAUGCACUGCAAUGUGAAAACGGGAACAGAACCGAUCCAGUAUGUGUGGCAGUAUGCAGUCCACUGGGGGAACUUCACAACCUUUGCACACGGCAGCAGUCGUGUCAACGUGACUAACAUUGAACGGAAUCACACAGGCUGGUACCGCUGUGUUGCCAGCAAUGCUGUCAACAUUGGUCCUGACUAUCCUCAGAUAGAUGUGACUCCAUAUAACAUAACAGAGUGGGGAUACUCGGCUCUGGAGACAGAAAAUGUUUCUUUGUUGUGUCAAGCUCAGUCCAAUCCAGACUGUCAGUACAUCUGGUUCUACAACAACGCUCAGGUGUACACCGGGCCAGAGCUCGUAAUCACCAAGAUCCUGCGUAUUCACACUGGCAACUACACUUGCAUGGCACACAACCCCUUCCUCAACACCAGCUCCAGGAAAACCAUCAACCCACCUGGUGGCUCCCCCUCCUGCUCUGUGGAGCCGGCUCUGAAUCACACCUCUCUGAAGCUGCUCUGCUCCUGGCCCGGUGGAUUCCCCUCCCCUUCCCUCCGCUGGACAGGCAACAUGACACACGCAGAACAAGACCAGGUCAAUACAGGACAGCCAACAAAUCUGCUUACCAGCACAAAUAUCUUGCUGCACUCUGGUGGCUUGAUUCCCAACAACAGCUUGUUUACAUGCCUGGGCUCCCAUCCUGCCCUACAACAACAGAGAGAGUGCAGCACGCUCACAUAUAUCCCCCCUGAAGAGCCGCUUUGUUUUGCUAAUGUGACCAAUGACAAAGAGUUUCUGAUGCUGUCCUGCUCCUGGGAUGGAGGGGCUCCAAAAGCCUUGGUGUGGUGGGAGGGCCCUGAUGUGCAGGUCGAAGGUGGGGAAGAAAAAUCCAGCAUAUUAAUGCAUUAUAACACUUUUCACUUUGGAAAGGCCUACAUCUGCCACGCGAGACACCCACUUCUGGUCCAAUCCAAGACCUGCAGACUUACUCUAGUCCCUGUAAAUAAGCCAUACCUCCUGAUGAGUGAUGGAUCUCCAGUAGAAGGAUCUCGGAUAUGGAUGCAAUGCAGUUUGGUAAAUGGGACCGAACCGAUCCAGUAUGUGUGGCAAUAUGAAGCUCGUGGUGGUAGGAUCACAACUUUUGAACAAGGCAACAACACCGUCAUGACCAUCCCCAAGGUAAACCGAAACCACACAGGCUGGUACCGCUGUGUGGCCAGCAACGACAUCAACAGCGAGCGCUCCGAUAAGUUAUGGCUGGACGUCGUCUUCGGUCCGGAUGAUCCUCAGAUAGAUGUGUCUCCUUACAUUAUUACAGAGCGGGGAUAUUCAGCUCUGGAGGCACAGAGUGUUUCAUUGUUGUGUCAAGCUCAGUCCAACCCCGCCAGUCAGUAUAUCUGGUUCUACAACAACUCCCAGGUGUACACCGGGCCCCAGUUCAGCAUCACAAAAAUCUUGCGCGUGCAUACCGGCGACUAUACCUGCUUGGCACAGAAUACCUUUCUAAACACCCGCUCCAGAAAAACCAUCAGCCUAGUAGUUUACUAUCCACCAGAUGGCACCCCCUCCUGCUCUGUGGAGCCAGCACUAAAUCACACUUUUCUGAAGCUGCUCUGCUCCUGGCCCGGUGGAUCCCCCUCCCCUUCCCUCCACUGGACUAGAGACCGGAUACUGUCUGGGCAGGAUCAAGCUGACGCUGGACAACAAACAAAUACACUAACAGGAGUGGAAAUGUUGCUGCCUGCUGGAGGCCUGAUUCCUAACAACAGCUUGUUUAUGUGCAUCGGUUCUCAUCCUGCCCUAAAAGACCAGACACAGUGCAGCACGCGCGCAUAUAUUCCCCCUGCAGAUCCGGUGUGUUUUGCAUAUGUGACAAACAACCAACAGUACCUGAUGCUGUCCUGCUCCUGGGAUGGAGGCGCCCCCAAAGCCUUAGUGUGGUGGGAGGGCCCCGAAGGCGUUAAUAAAGAGCACCCCAUGCCACCCAAUGCCACCCUGGUCACAGUCAUGUACAACAGUCAACAGCGUAAUGAGGUGGAGCUGGAGUGGCAGGUUGAGAACGAAGAUUUUGGGGGUUGGACAGGUUUUUUCCUUGAGUACCGAGGGAUAUCGGAACGACCAGGAAAGAAAGAAAGCAGCAAUGAAAUGAAGGAGCAAGCUGAGGCAAGGGCUGGUUCUCAAGACUGGUACCUUACCAUCGUUAGGGAUCCAAGUGCCCGGAGCCACAAAGUAAGCAGACUGACACCAACUGUUACCUACCAGUUCCGCAUCACGCCUAUUAACCACCGCACCAUCGGACACCCAUCUGCAGCAAAGACUCCAGGUAUAGUAAGUAAACAGAGUGGGGAGAAUGUGAUCACAUGCAAGACAUUUUAA